AUGUCCCGUGUUGUUACUUUAAGAUAUUUUCAAUUGGCUUUGCAUCAUAAUACAUUGGUUUUCUCCUUGCAAGCAGCGGAAGAGGACUACUGUACUAAACCAGCUAAGACUAUGAGGCCUUUCCAUGCUCUUCUUGAUGAUGGCCUUAUAAGGACACCUAUCACAACCGAGUUUUUGGUGCUCUCUAGUAUUGAAAUAGAUGAAGAAAGGAAUACAAUUACAAGUGCAGUUCAAGCUAAAACAAUCAAGUUUUCUGAAGAAACUUAUUCAUCGGAAAAUGUGGAUGAGGUUAGAGACAUGUGGGUCGAGUAUUUGCUCAAGCAAAAAGCGGAUCAAGAAAACAAAGUUGAUGGUAUGGAAAUAGCUCCAUGA